GAGCGCUCCUUUGAUUCCCUUUGGAGCAGAGAUUUGGGGGAAGAGGUGGCUUGACCACCUUCUCGCCCUGCACGGCGCACCCUGGGGGCAUGCAUCCGACUUCCGCCCUCCCCUCCAGCCUCUGUGUCUAGAGGCUGGGGGGUUGCUUUUAUUUUGUCUUCCGGGCUGCUGUGUUUUUCCAUCAGGCGUUGAAGAACCUAGGCUAAGACAAAGGCUGGAGAUCACAAUUUGGGGAUAAUCGGCAAAGACAGGUGUGUUGCCCGUAGACUCUUUGGAUGGGAAGUAUCAAGAUGGAGGAGCCAUGGUGGAAAGGAGACCUUGCAGCAGAAAUUCAUCAGACUCUCAGACUCAAGGAGCUGAACCUGCCUGUGUACAAGGCCCAUUCUUCACAAAUGGGAUUGCGGCGCUAUUUUGCUGACCUCUUGACUAUCCUCAGCAGCCGUUGCCAACUGUGUCCCACAGCCCGGCACCUCGCAGUCUACUUGCUGGACCUCUUUAUGGAUCGAUAUGAUGUUGCCGUCAAACAACUAUGUGUCAUCUCAAUUGCUUGUCUCCUUCUAGCAAGCAAGUUUGAAGAGAAGGAGGACAGAGUGCCAAAGCUGGAGCAGCUAAACAGCUUUGCCUAUAUGUGCCGCCUCAACUUGGUACUUACAAAGAAAGACCUACUAAAGAUGGAACUGCUGCUCUUGGAAAGCUUCAACUGGAACCUUUGCCUGCCAACGCCAGCACACUACAUUGACUACUACCUCUUUGCCUCUGUUAGCGAGACCGACCUACACAAUGGCUGGCCUAUCACAUCUGUAACCAAAGUCAGAGCUUUCAUGGAGAAAUAUGCUCACUACUUCCUUAAAGUCUCACUACAAGAUCAUGUUUUCCUCUCCUUCCGGCCUUCGCUGGUUGCGGCUGCUUGUGUGGGUGCCUCCCGCAUCUGUCUUGAGAUAUCUCCUUCUUGGACCACACAGCUCCAGCUGCUGACAUGUUAUUCUUGGGAACAUCUUGCAGCGUGCAUAGAAAUUAUGCUCAUAGCUCACGACAAGGACAUCAAAGAAGCCAGUAAGGAUCAAAUAACACUCCUGCAGCAGCAGCAAGUCCUGGAAAGCCUUACCCUGCAGACACCCACCCAAGUCCUCUUUCAGCAGUCAAGAUAUCACCCCAUGACACAGCACUCAGCAGUCCUGUCACAGUUCCACUCUCCCAUACAGGAUCUGUGCUCUGCUUAUCGGGACUCUUUACAAGCUCCGCGGCCUAGUGGCCUUGCCUCCGGGAGUAGUGAUGAUUCACUGCACUCCUACUCCUCCCUGCAGGCCAGCUUUCAGCCCGUUGUGCAAGCUGUGUCCAUUCAAGGGCCUAUUACUAUGCAAGUUGCCAUUUCAGCAGAACCUAGGCACUGCCUCUCUCUAACAUAUGGCAGUAGCUACUUCAGCAGGCAUUCAUACACAACAGGUUGUUUUGAUGGCUGAAAGGGAAGAAGAGGAAUUAGUAUACAUACCACUGAGGUUUUGCUCCCUGUGUGUACAGAGUUGUGCCUACCACAUGGUGAAAGAGUUCACUUGUGAAACUGCUUUGCUGGAGCAAAACCACUUAUCGGUGAAGCUGCUUUUUGCUUUUCUGGUUCAA